AUCGAUCAAAUAAAUGCAACAAAUUAAAUUUUUUUUGCGAAAUUAGAAAAUGUCAAUUUCUAUUUUCAAAAAUUGAUUAAAAUCAUAUAGUUUUCAGUGAAAAACGAAGAGCCGGACAAUUUACAAUCAAUUUCCUGAAUUUACAGCUUCGCGUUUUCACUGAUAGCGUUAGCAUCGCUAGCCUCAGCAGCUUGCAGCGAUGGCUGCAGUUAUUUUGAGUUUUCCAUCUCUGCAGGGUCUGAGGACAUUCACACAAAAACUGUCAUGGCCCAAAAGAGGCGUGAGGCUGCUUUCAGAAGAGGUGAGGAGAAUCGACAAGGUGUUGAUCGCCAACCGAGGAGAGAUUGCGUGUCGUGUGAUGCGUUCAGCUAAGAAGAUGGGCGUUCGCACUGUGGCGGUGUACAGCGACGCCGACAAACACUCUAUGCACGUUGCCAUGGCAGAUGAAGCCUACCACAUCGGACCUCCUGCCUCCCAGCAGAGUUACCUCUCGAUGAAGAAAGUUUUGGAAGUGGCCAAGAAGUCCGGAUCCCACGCGGUCCAUCCGGGCUACGGGUUCCUGUCUGAAAACACGGAGUUUGCAGAAGCGUGCAAGCAGGAGGGAAUCAUUUUCAUUGGACCUCCUUCCUCUGCCAUCCGAGACAUGGGCAUCAAGAGCACUUCCAAACACAUCAUGUCGGCUGCAGGAGUUCCCAUCAUAGGUGGUUACCAUGGUGAGGACCAAUCAAAUGAGAGGCUUCAGGCAGAGGCUGCUCAGAUCGGAUAUCCUGUGAUGAUCAAGGCCGUUCGAGGAGGAGGAGGGAAGGGGAUGAGAAUCGCACGCUCCGAGUCGGAAUUCCUGGAGCAGUUGGAGUCUGCGAGACGAGAAGCCAGGAAGUCCUUUAACGAUGACGUCAUGCUGAUUGAGAAGUUUGUGGAGGAUCCCAGACACGUGGAGGUCCAGGUGUUUGGGGACAUGCACGGGAAUGCUGUGUACCUGUUUGAGAGGGACUGCAGCGUCCAGCGGAGACAUCAGAAAAUCAUAGAGGAAGCACCGGGGCCUGGGAUAAGCCCCGAGGUCAGGAGGAAACUCGGAGAGGCAGCUGUCAGAGCAGCGAAGGCUGUGAACUACGUGGGAGCAGGGACGGUAGAGUUCAUAAUGGAUGCUCAGCACAACUUUUACUUCAUGGAGAUGAACACCAGGCUGCAGGUGGAGCACCCCGUCUCUGAGAUGAUCACCGGCACCGACCUGGUGGAGUGGCAGCUCAGGGUGGCAGCAGGGGAGCGCCUGCCUCUCCUCCAGGACCGUAUCACCCUUGGGGGCCACUCUUUUGAAGCUCGUAUUUACGCCGAGGACCCAAACAACGACUUCCUUCCAGGAGCGGGGCCUCUGCUGCAUCUAUCCACACCUCCAGCAGAGAAGCACACACGCAUAGAAACGGGAGUCAGAGAAGGGGAUGAGGUGUCUGCUCAUUAUGACCCAAUGAUUGCCAAGCUUGUGGUGUGGGGGGAAGACCGACCUGCUGCCUUAAAGAAACUGCGGUAUUGUUUACGACAAUAUAACAUCGUGGGUCUAAACACCAACAUAGACUUCCUGCUGAGUCUCUCAGGCCACCCGGAGUUUGAGGCUGGAAACGUGAGCACCAGUUUCAUCCCUCAGCACUACGCCGAUCUCUUCCCCGCCCCGAGAGCGCCAUCUGGGGCCACGAUCUGCCAGGCUGCCCUGGGUCUGGUGCUGCAGGAGAGGAAACACACACAGGAGUUCAUACAGACCACCACAGAUCCUUUCUCCCCGUUUGGUUCCAGCAGCGGCUGGAGGAGCAACAUCGAGUUUAACAGGAAUCUUACCUUACAGCUGGGAGACAAGAAAGUCUGCGUCGUCAUCACUUAUAACUCAGAUGGAAGCUACAGGAUGCAGGUUGGUGAGGAGGUCUACCAGGUAUCAGGGGAGGUGGAGGUGGAAGGUGGAGCUUCGUUCUUGCACUGCUCGGUAAACGGAGUGAAGUCUCGUCCCAAACUGGUGAUCCUGGACAACACGGUGCACCUCUUCUCUAUGGAGGGCAGCUACCAGGUGUCUGUCCCCGUGCCGAAGCAUCUAGCUGGUGUGAGCAGCUCGGCCGCUCAGGGUGGAGCUGUGGCCCCCAUGACUGGAACCAUCGAGAAGGUGUUGGUGAAAGCUGGAGAUCAAGUGGCUGCCGGCGACCCGCUGAUGGUCAUGAUCGCCAUGAAGAUGGAGCACACGAUCCGAGCUCCGAAGUCGGGCGUGAUAAAGAAGGUUUUCUUCAGCGAGGGCGCUCAGGCCAACCGGCACGCUGCUCUGGUCGAACUGGAGGAGGAGGAGGGGGAAGGGGGCAGCCAGUAAAGACAUCCUGUAAGAGUUUGGUGUGAUGUGGCGGUUGGAUCAUCAGAAACACUCCAGUCGUUUUUUGUCUGAAGAAAUCUUAUGUGGGAUUUUUGUAGCCGGGCGAUCACCAACUCGCUGCUGCAGCAGCUUCAGCAGAUCGACCCUAACCCGGAGCUACGAGGCCUUUUAGACUAAACUGCUUUAGUUUCCUGAUUAUUUGUAAAAGAUGAAAUAAAAAAGCUAAUAUUAAAAACUGUAAUAAAGGUUUUAGACGAUA